GAUAGCUUGCAUACAUAACCUCAUUUCAACGUUUCUAAAAAAUGAUGUGUUUUAUAAAGUUAUAUUUUCCACUUUAGCGUACUUAUAUCGCCUCCUCUUGCCGGCUUUUUCACUUUCAACAUCAUAAAUGUAAUCAUUUGCGUACAAUCUACCGAAACGUGCACACGCUAUGUACUUACAACUGCUUCUAGCUUUCAUACUUACUAUUUUGCCUCCUUCACAAGCAAGCUGCGGAUGCAGCAUCAACAGAAACGGACAGUGCAGUAACGAUGUAAAUCCAGGCAAAACAUACACCAAGGAAUCCAACCAAAUAUCUGAUGACAAUAAUUCUGCUUUUGAUACUACCAACAUGGUGCUAAUACAGGGUACUACCUUUGAAAUGGGAACUAACAAACCCGUUUUCGUAGACGAUUUUGAGUCGCCCGUCCGAAACGUAUCAGUUCAAUCAUUUUACUUGGACAAAUAUGAAGUAUCAAAUCAAAAAUUUUACGAUUUUGUGAAAGAAACUGGGUUCAAAACUGAGGCAGAAGUAUUUGGAGACAGCUUUGUAUUCGAAAUGGCUCUUCCCGAGAAUCUUAGAGAUAAAUACGAGGACGUCAGAGCUGUGCAAGCUCCUUGGUGGGUGAAAUUAAAUGGUGUCUCUUGGAAACAUCCCACAGGACCAGAAUCUACUAUAGAAGACCUUAUGGAUCAUCCAGUGAUACAUGUGUCUUGGAAUGAUGCAGUAAAAUACUGUGAGCAUGUGGGGAAAAGGCUGCCUACUGAAGCCGAAUGGGAGAUGGCUUGCAGAGGUGGACUCAGGCAGAAAUUGUAUCCCUGGGGCAAUAAGUUGAACCCCAAAGGGAAACACUGGUAAGACUUCAGUCAAUCCAGUGAUGGUCAUUCUUGCUUGGGCAAAUAUAUGGCAAGGUCAGUUUCCCAAGUUGAAUACAUUAGAAGAUGGCUUUCUAUUUACUUGUCCAGUAGACGAAUUUCCGCCAAACAAGUUUGGUCUUUUUAACAUGGCUGGAAAUGUCUGGGAAUGGACACAAGAUAGCUGGCAAAAGGACCCUAAUUCCAAAGUGAAAAAGGGUGGAUCAUUCCUUUGUCACGAAUCUUAUUGCUGGAGAUAUAGAUGCGCCGCUAGGUCCUCAAAUACGAAAGAUAGUUCCGCAAGCAAUCUAGGAUUUAGAUGUGCAGGUGAUGCCACUUGAAAAUCAAAAUUAAUAUGAAAAUGAGAAAUAAAUUUGUGAAAAACAGAAAUUAUAUUGUUGACGGUGUGGGGAUUUAGGCAUACCAGUAUUUUUAAAAUUAACGUGAACAAGUACAUAUAAUCAUUCCAUAAAAGAAUUCACGUUCGUCUACAAAGGGAUUGGUGAUUCUGUUAGAUUUAGCAGCCUAGGAAGAAUUACUUUUUGUAUAUUCCAUAUGAACAUAAGCCCAAGAGAUAAUGAUAGUGUGGAAUAGCUCGUAACAUGACUGAAAGUAUUAGUAAAAGACAUGCACCCCACAUCAGUAUAAAUAAGAAAAAAUAUUUUGCAUUGAAGGUACUUAUGAAUAUUCCUGCCAAUAUGUCUUCCAUGGUUAAAAUACCUACGUAAUUAUGUAUCUUAAAACUACCAUGUUGUUUAAAUUUUUUCAUGUUCAAUAAAAUAUAGAAAUUUGA